GUUCUGCGGGUGACGCCUCUGCGAGUGACUUCGCCAUCCGCCGCCGGGACCCGGGAGAAGGCGCUGGCGGCUCCCCGUGCGCCCUCUGCCUCUGCUCCGGACACCCCGCAGGGACGCGCCUGGGCUUCCCGCUGACUUCCAGGAGGGGCGCGAGACCCCUCUCCGAUCCCAACCCGGGCGGCCACCUGUCUUUGCCACGGUGACCCUUCUCCCAUGACCCUGCGGUGCCUCGAGCCCUCCGGGAAUGGCGGGGAGGGUACGCGGAGCCAGUGGGAGACCGCGGGCUCGGCCGAGGAGCCGUCUCCGGAGGCGGCUCGCCUGGCGAAGGCCCUGCGGGAGCUCAGCCAAACCCCAGGAUGGUACUGGGGAAGUAUGACUGUUAACGAAGCCAAAGAGAAAUUAAAAGAGGCACCGGAAGGAACUUUCUUGGUUAGAGACAGUUCGCACUCAGACUACCUGCUGACGAUAUCGGUUAAGACGUCAGCUGGACCAACGAACCUGCGCAUCGAAUACCAGGAUGGGAAGUUCAGACUGGAUUCCAUCAUCUGCGUCAAGUCUAAGCUCAAGCAAUUUGACAGUGUGGUCCAUCUGAUCGACUACUAUGUUCAGAUGUGCAAGGAUAAGCAGACAGGCCCAGAGGCCCCGCGGAACGGGACUGUCCACCUUUACCUGACCAAACCGCUCUACCCGUCGGCGCCAUCUCUGCAGCAUCUCUGUAGACUCACCAUCCACAGAUGUACCGCGGCCGUCUGGGGACUGCCUUUGCCAACAAGACUGAAAGAUUACUUGGAAGAGUAUAAAUUCCAGGUAUAAGUGUUUCUGUUUUUCUAAACAUGCCCCACGUAGAGUACCUCUGAGCGCAGCUAUGUAAAAGAUAACCAAAACCCGAGGGACUGCUCUGGAAAACUGCGUGGAAUUCUUUCUAACCACCACUGAAGUUGAGCUAAUUUAAAUGCGUGAAGAGGUAGCUAGGUAUUUAAAGUCCCCCAACCCUCACAUUUUCACCCGGUGAUGCUUCCCUUCCCAAGGCUGACCAAGACAGUAGAUCCUUUUAAAUUAAGAGACUGACGACCCCAGUGAAGGGUGAGGGAGCAUUAUAUCAGCAUUCCCUUCUGUUCUGGGGGAGGUCCCGGCUGGGAGGUGGGGAGACAGCCCCUCUUAGGGAUCUGAAGUGGCGGAAGGAGUGGAGCUGACUCAGGCUUCCGUUUCCUCUGCCUGGGGAUCAGAGUCUUUGAGGACAUUUACUGUUCUGCAUUCUGAUGUACCUAGGAGUUUGAGUUUUGUUAAACAGAUAAUGCGUGUGAGUAUUUAGCCCUCAUCUUAUGCAACUUACCAAACCAACCAAAAAGCAGUGACCACGAAAUCCUGUAUAGUCUCUUACUACAUGUCUGACUCUCUCCUGUGAAUGCGUACUGUAGUAAUCCACUUUAAGGGAGCCUUAUUUCAGAAAUAUUUCAAACUGGUGCACACGGAAAAGACUUUAUCUUUUCCUUUAAGGCUAAAGACAAGAAUGUCGUGCUCUACAGGUGCAAUUCAAUCCCUGUUAAUAAAAACCAAUGCAGAUGCAGACAUUGUACCCUUCAAAGUAGCUGUGUCCCAACCUGUUGCCGCUGGCUUUUGGGAAAUGGCUUUAGAGAGUUCCAGGUUGUCCUGAAUUGUCUGACCAUGGACAUCAGCAGUUGUCUCCCUUCUACCAUGUAGAAUACUUUGACUUAAUUUUCUUCCAGAUAUAGGGGGAUGCCUGCCUGGUUUUCAAAGUGUUUAUUUACUGCUGUUACUAUUUGAUUAGAAUGUAUUAAAUAAAAAAACCCUGACUUUUA